CAAUCGAAGCCAACUUGGGACCGACGCAUCCGAUCCACUCUGCUCCCAAACCGGUUGUUCACCAUUCAGCUCCUAAACCAGUGGUCCACCACACCGCUCCUAAACCGGNAGUUCCGACUAAACCAAAGACUGUUCCGGUAGCCAAACCAAAAGUCCCAACUCACCCUGCCGCCAAGCCAAAGGUUCCCACUCAUCCGGCUGCUAAGCCCAAAGUGCCCACACAUCCAGCAAAGACUCCUGUCAAAACGCCAACUCACCCCAAAACUAACCCAAAAACUCCAACCCACCCAAAAACAAACCCCAAAACACCAACGCAUCCCAAAACAAACCCCAAAACGCCGACUCACCCGAAAACCGACCCGAAAACGCCGGUGAAGCCUCCGGUGAAGACCCCGGUGAAGCCGCAGCCAAACCCCGCUCAGCCCAAGGUGACCACUAAAGGUCACGAUGCCAUUGCCGACCACGCCCGCAGCAUGAUCGGCACUCCCUACAGCUGGGGCGGUGGCACGCUCAAGGGCAAGUCCUUCGGCGUGGACCGCGGCGCCAAGACCUUCGGCUUCGACUGCUCCGGCCUGGCGCGGUACUCGGUGUACCAGGCGACGGGAAAGACCAUCGCCCGCACGGCCGCCGCUCAGUUCGCCGACAAGCAGUGCUCCCAUGUGCCCUUUGAGCAGCGACGAGCCGGUGAUCUGGUCUUCUUCAACGAUGGCGGUCGAAUCCACCACGUGGCCGUCGUCAGCGGAAACGGCAGCACGAUGAUCCACGCACCGCAGACCGGUGACCACGUCAAGGAGUCGCCCAUUCGAAUGAAGGGACACAUGUCGGAGGUGGCGAGAUGCUAA